GAGCUUUUAGUUCCACUGCACGGCAAGGUGCGAGCGGACCACCACGCCGCCACAGUGCACGGGCUGUGUAUUUUGUUUUUCGUUUUUCGUUUCCUUCUUGGUUGGGUUGCUUGCGGCAAACGCCGCCCGGAGUGAGUUGCACACUGCACCCUUUACCCCCCGGGGGGUGGGGGAGAUUUGCGGUGCCAAGCAUUUCGCAGGCGCUGCGCAGCGCACCUGCAGUUCAGUGCACGCCGUGUAAAUGUGUGUAUAGCCAGUGAAAAGUAGAGUGAAGCAUUACAGACAAUGAUCAAGUUCCGGUACAAACGCAAGGAUCCGGUCCCGGCGGCGACCGCCAAAAAGGUGGACGAUGCGGCCGGGCUGGUGGACUCUCGCGCCUCUACGAACGGUUCGCAGCAGGCAGCGACGAGCAGCCCCAGCGGACAGCAGCCCCAGCCGGCCCACUACAGCAGCAGCAGUGCCACGUUACCGAAGGACCAUCGGAGCCCCUCGGCCACCGUUUGCUUGAGCGGCGACGCUCAGCAGCAUCCCGACCGGCGGGAUGGCAAUGAUGAGCCGGGGCGGUUUAAUGGCCAUCCGGGCGGCUGGGGCAGCUAUCAGCAGCAGCAGCAGCAGCAGCAGCAACAGGCGAUCCAGUACCAUCAGGAGCUGCUGCAGCGCGUCAAGCUGGAGAACGAGCUGCAUCAGCUGCAGCAACAGCAGCGCUACGAGUAUCUGUCCUGCAUCGAUGCGGUUGUUGAAUUGUUCUCCCAGCUGCAGACCAGCUCGGAACCGGCCCUAUGCCCGGAACCGCUGCGCCGUGCGCUGGCGAGCGGACCGCUCGCCGGCCGCCGGUUCCCCCUCGGCUGUCUGGGCGAUGCGGCGGAAUGCUUCGAGCUGCUGCUGCACCGGGUACACCAGCAUCUGUCCCCGGUCGACAGCGAUAGCUGCGAGGCGGCCCAGUGCGUCGCCCACCAGCGGUUCGCGAUGCGCGUCGUCGAGCAGAGCGUGUGCGAGUGCGGUGCCAACUCGGAAAAGCUACCCUUCACGCAGAUGGUACACUACGUGUCGGCGUCGGCACUCACGUCACAGAACUCGCUGUCGAUUCAGCACCAGCAGAACAUCACCUUCGGCCAGCUUCUGCGGAACGCGGGCAACAUGGGUGACAUCCGCGACUGUCCGAGUGCGUGCGGCGCCAAGAUCGGCAUCCGGCGGGCGCUGCUAAACCGGCCGGACGUCGUGUCGAUCGGUGUCGUGUGGGACUCGGAGCGACCGCCCGCCGACCAGGUGCACGCGGUGCUGAAAGCGAUCGGCACCACCCUGCGGCUGUGCGACGUGUUCCAGCAGGUGUCGGAUCACCGGUGGGCCCAGACCGUCCACCACGAGCUGGUGGGCGUCGUGUCGUACUACGGCAAGCACUACACCACCUUCUUCUUUCACACGAAGCUGCGCGUCUGGGUGUACUUCGACGACGCGAACGUGAAGGAGGUCGGCCCGAGCUGGGAGGGCGUCGUCGAGAAGUGUUCCCGCGGCCGCUACCAGCCGCUGCUGCUGCUGUACGCACUGCCCCAGCCCCAGCAACUGCAGCAGCAGCAGCAGCAGCAGCUCCAGCAGCAGCUGCAGCAACAUCAGCAGGAGCUGACGACCCUCGCCCAGCAUCGCAGGGCCGUUACGCCGAGCCCGGAGAAAGCGUCGAUGGGCUCGAAUGUCCGGCGUGCCAUCACACCCACCCCGAACCGGGCCCUGCCGAUCUGCGACUACCAGAAUCUGACCGUCAUACAGAGCAAAAUAUUCGCGUCGGCGAACGGCGGCGGCGGCAGCACGAGCGGCCCGGGCAACACGGCGGCCGGCGAGGACGGCGACGGGAAGGAGCACUACAUCAGCCGGAAGGCGGUGCAGAGUGUGCUGAACGCGCAGUACCAGAACCUGUCCGUGAUACAGGACAAAAUCUUCCCAUCGGCCCACGACCUUCAGCAGCAGCAGCAACAUCAACAGCAGCAGCUGCGAGUGUUAGCAAACGGUCCCACCAAGCAGCAGCAGCAACAGUUGGGCUACAAUGGCGUCCCCCCCAACUCGGUGGGAAUGCCGAACGUGUCACCUUCCUCCUCCAGCGGUACGGCCUCCUCGCCCGACGGCCUCUCCAUGCCGGACCAUCUCAAUCAGCCGCGGCGGCGCGACUCGGGCAACUGGAGCGGCGACCGCAACUCGGCCUCCUCCUCCUCCUCCACCACGCUGGACAACCCGUACCUGUACCUGGUCGGCAAGCGCCAGGUCGGGGGCAGCGUCCCGGCCAGCCCGACCCGUGCCAGCAACUCGGCCGGCGCCGCCGGGCUCGGCACGCACGGGGCCGCCCAGUUCUACGACGCCGGCUACGAUUCCUACUCCCUCUCGUCGACCGACUCCUUCCCGUCGAAGCACCAGCCGAGCGGAGGCGGCGGUCCGAGCGCCGCCGGUCUGCUGCUGUCCGCGGCCGGCGCGGCGGUGAAGAUACCGGAAUCGGUCGUGCUGUCCGGCGACUGCGAGAAGCUGUGCAUGGAGGCGGACCAGCUGCUGGAGAAGUCGCGCCUGCUCGAGGACGCGCACGAUCUCGAGACGGCGCUGGUGCUGUGCCACGCGGCCGCCAGCAAGGCGCGGGCGGCGAUGGACGCCCCCUACAGCAACCCGCACACGAUGACGUUCGCGCGCAUGAAGCACAACACGUGCGUGAUGCGGGCGCGGUCGCUCAACCGGCGCAUCCUGAUCGAGAAGGGCGGCGAGAUGAUCAAGGAGCAGCAGCUGCAGCAACAGUUGCAGCAGCAGCAGCAGCAGCAGCAGCAGCAGCAGCAGCAGCUCCACCUCCACCAUCAAACGAUGCAGCAGCAGCAGCAGCAGUACCACGUGCUGACGAGCGGCGGGGCGCUCCAGCACCGGCGGCAAAACAGCAAGGAAAAGCUGCUGGCGGCGGGCGGCGGCCACCACCACCCACAUCACCAUGCGCUGGCCGGCUCGACGACGGCCGGCACGACGGCGGGCGCCGGCACCAGCAACGCCACCACCGCCGGCGCGUCGCCCUCGAAGAGCAUCGAAAUCUACGCCACGCUGCCGAAGAAGAAGGUCACGCUGAAGCUGAUCGAGGCGGAGCACGUCGAGCCGGAACCGGCCGUCGAUCUGAAGGCGGCGGCGGCGGGCGGCAGCGAGCGGGAAAGCCGCAGCCUGUUUGCGCGCGUCACCUCCUCCUCCUCCUCCGACAAGGACGGCAAGGAGGGGCGGGAGAAGCGCAGCCGCAGCGAGGACCGGAACAAGGCGCUCGCCGACCCGGGGCUGGUGAACGCGAAGGACACGCUGCGCAAGCACAAGGAGGAGAAGGACGCGAACGAGCGGAAGGAGAAGGAGGCAAAGUCGGGCAAGAAGCAGCACAAGAUCCGGCGGAAGCUGCUGAUGGGCGGGCUGAUCCGGCGCAAGAACCGGUCGAUGCCGGACCUCACCGAGGCGGUCGGGUCGGGCGGGCCCGGCUGCGACCCGCCCGGCAAGGGCGCCGACCUGCUGGAGGGCAAGGGCGGGGCGGGCGGGGCGGGCGGGCCGGCCGGUGCGCUGCUGCACGGCGCCUCGCUCGACGACAGUGCGGUCGGGCUGAGCGUGAGCGCGAAGGACAACGCGAACAGUGGCUACCUGUCCGAGGGCCACUUCGACUACCAUCCCAUCUCGAACACGAACCCGAACCUGGAGCGCAGCAAGCUGAUGCGCAAGAGCUUCCACGGCAGCGGGCGGUCGCUGUCCGUGCCGAAGGUGCCGCCGCCACCGCCCGUACGCAUCGGGUCGGCCCUGAGCGCCGUCUCGAGCGGUACGGCAGGGGCGUCGCAGCAGCAGCAGCAGCAGCAGCAUCAACCGAGCGGAGCUCCGUACGGGUCCUCCUCCUCCGCCUCCUCCUCGCCCUCGAUGCUGCAGAUGCAGAAGCUGCCGCUGAACGGGGUCAACCUGCGGCACCUCGAGUACGUCACGGAGGCGGCAGCGGCCGCCCAUCCACCGUCCGGCAUCAAGCCGUUCCACGAGGCGAACGUCUCGAACCUCUCCACGAUGAGCUCCAACACGAGCAUGAGCGAGGACUCGUGCCAAACCAUCAUCACCACCUGUGCGGUCGUGCACCAGGAGCAGUCGCCGGCGAAGCCGCAGGACCUGCCGCCACCGCCGCCGGCGGAGGAGGUCGACUCGAUCGUCCGCUACCAGCAGCAGCAGCAGCAGCAGCAGCAGCAGGCACCGCAGCAGCAGCUGGAGCUGCCACCGUACCCGAGCCCACCGUCGACGACGUGCCAUUCGCGGCAGGCAAGCGAGGACUUUCCGCCACCGCCGCCAGCAAUCGACUUCGAGCCGCUGCACGAGCAGCUGAGCGAGAUCCAGAGCCUGCAGACGACCGGUGGGCAGGGCAAGCCGCCGAUGAUGAUGAUGAUGAUGGCGCACAGCUCCGGGCAGACGGGCAUACAGAACACGACCAGCAUACUGGCGCAGCUGCAGGCGAAGCAGCUCCAGCAGCAACUACAACAGCAGCAGCAGCAGCAGCAGCAGCAGCAAUACCAGCAACACCAAGAGCAGCAGCUCAACCUGAACAACCCGAUCAGCACUAGCGAGAUACUGAACGAAACCACGCGCUCGGAGAUCUGGCUGAAGGAGCUGCAGCUGAAGCAGCUCGCCCUGAAGCAGCAGCAACAGAGCCGGGAGGUGUCGCCCGCUCAGCAGCACCAGCAAUAUCAACCGCAGCAGCAAGGGCCGAAGCUCCCGGCCGGCCCGCCUGCGACCGGCGGAGACCAGCGCAGCGUGCGCGACCUUGCCUCGCGCUUCGAGCAGAUCAAGCUCUCCGUCGGGCAGCAGCUGCAAUCGCAGUCAGCAGCGCACCCACCGAACGUGCGCACCGGCAUGAGCGGGCUGCUGCUCGCCGACCAGCAGCAGAAAGCGAACGCUCGCUCAACGCCUCCACCGCCUCCACCGCCGCAGCCAGCCGCAGCGGACGCGCCGGACACCGUGCCCAGUGCAGACUUCGCCGCCGGCGGCGGUGAGGACGUGGUCGACUGCCCGCGCGACAUCGGCAUGGUGUACCGGAUGCAGCUGCCCAAGCCCCGGUACGACAUCGCCCAGAGCCAGAUACAGGAGGAGAUCCGCGAGGUGGAGAUGCUGAACCAGGUCGUCCAGCAGACGCUCAACAAUGGGGCGGCGGCAGCAGCAGCAGCAGCAGCAGCCAGCAAGUCGGAUGUACUGCCGGCGGCCGGCCGAACCAAGAAGAAGAGCGUGUCGUUCUGCGACCAGGUCAUACUGGUGGCGACGGCCGACGAGGACGAGGAUGACGGGUUCAUCCCGAACCCAAUCCUCGAGCGGGUGCUGCGGACAGCCGGCGGAGCUGGUGGCGGCCCCACCGCCGCAGCAGCAGCGGCCGCCGCCGGCUGUACCGAUGCCGACGUCACGCCGGGCGUGCUGCUGCCCGCGGGCAGCGGUGGCGAGUCGGUGGCUCCUGCCGCGGGUCUGCCGGAACGGCUGCCGACACUGUCCACCAGCAUUACGUACCACCCGAUCAAGGCACCGUCGCCGACGCAGCAGCUCAAGCAGCCGACGCCGCCCGGCGGCCCAGUCUACUCGCUGGCGGCCGACAUGCACAAGCAGAACCUGGAGAUACAGCGCCAGCUGCAGCAGCAGCAGCAGCAGUACUACGGUGCGGUGAACAACAGCAGCCCCGACCUGGAGAGCUACAAGCAGCAGCAGCAGCAGCAGUACUCCUCCAUCCCAGCGAACGCCACCAUCUUCAAGACGCAUCAGUUCAGCGCGGCUAUGCCGACGACCAAGGCGACGCCCUCACUGUACGGCGUGCCGCCCAACAUGUCGCUGCAGCUUCAACAGCAGCAGCAGCAACGGCUCUACGGCAGCGACACGGGCAGCGAGCUCAGCUUUGACGGGCGCAACAGCUCCUCCUCCUCCUCCCAGCUAACCUCACCGUACAUGACCGUGCCGCAUCUGCUGGGAGACGGUGGGGCUGGCAGUGGACCACCGCCGCAGCAUGCCGUCGGUGGCUACCAGACCGUGUCGGCGUCGCCGACCACCAUCACCACCAACACGAGCCCGGCCUCCAACACGCUGCUGCGUCAGAACAUUGCCACGCUGCUGCAGCACCAGCAGCUGGGCGGUGUGACGCCAGCGACCAUGCGGCCCACUCCCCCGAACGGCCACACCCUGCCCAAUGUCUACCAGAAGCCGCCGAAACCGCUCAACGCCUACCAGCAGCAGCCGACGACGACGACGACGACGACGCCCCAACAACAGCAGCACCAACUCCAGCAGCUUACCAGCGCUGCCGGCUACAACAACGGUGGAGUCACCACCAUGCCCUACACGCAGCAGCAGUCCAGCUCACCCUACCAGCGCGUCCCACUGCCGCUCGGGUACGACAACCUCUACCACGAGCAGCCCUCGAUGGGGCUCAUGACCCAACAGCAGCAGCUUCUAGGUCUCGGCAAUAGUGUCGCACAGCAGCAGCAGCAGCAGCAGCCGAAACCGGUCCAGAAGAAGGUGAGCUUCGAGCCGGGCACGAAGGGAGGCGGUCCGGACGGGUCGCCCGGUACGAACGUGUCACCCUCCCCGUCUGCCAACGGAUGUCAGCCGCAGCAGCAGCAGCAGCACUAUCAACUACAAUUGGACGCACAACAGCAGCAGCAGCAGAAUGUCGUCGGUUUGCCGACGCGCGUCGUCCCGAUCGCGACGACGUACGGGAACGGGAGCGCGAUCGUCAAACCGUCCGCCAAGGCGGUCCAGUGCAAUCUCUGCCGGAAGAAGCACUGCAUCCUGCCCGCCAUCUACUGCAGCGACUGCGAGACGUAUCUUGCCCGCUUCCAGAUGCCGGUCCGCCGGUAAUAAUAGUCCACGGCCCAGACACUUGCCUCCCCCAAAAGCCAGCUCUUCCCAGUGGCUGCUGAAAGGAGGGCGGUGUUUUUGUACAGCUCCUAUCGGAAUAGUGCCUGUUGGAAACAAACCUGUUGGAAUAUGGUGCCUGUUGGAAACAACCCUGUUGGAAUAAUGCUCGAGACACUCGAGGGAACAGAACGCUCCAAAACACGCAAUUGGUUGUAAACCGAUUGUUUUUUUUUUUUUUUUGCCGUCCGUCGGUGGCGAGAGGAUUGGCUCUCUUGCUUCGCCCGUUUGUCGUCCGCCUGAAUGUGAUAACUUAGAAUGCAAAAAACAAAUCGAAAAACAAAAUGAAGCGCGGCCGCCAGCUCUCGAUGGAGUGCUGCUGUGUUAUUAUUUUUGUUUGUUAAUCCGGUGCUGCACUGUGCUGCUGCGUUGAGCUAACCUUAAAAAAGCAAUAGAGUGUAUUAUGUGGUGGGAAUCACGGGGGGAAAAGACCUGCGCGUCCGUUUUCCGCCCAACGCGCACCGCGAUGAGGUUAUGUUUACGAUUUUAUUUAGCCGUUGCAAGUAUGCAAUUUGACACCCACGUAGAGGACGAGCGCGCACAGGAGAUGGAGAAGGACAGACGCUUCUUUUCUAUCUCCGCUGCAAGCGCCGCGGGGGUGUUUUUUUUUAAUUAUUAUUUUAUUUUUUAAUUCUAAUACACACAUACACCUUAAACCGGUCAGAGCUCUGCCAGCUGUCGAAUAAUAACACUUAAUGGGCGGCCUCUUAGUACACUUACCCCUCUACGUUUACUACUUUUAACACUUGUAGUUUAAGUACAUGCGCUAGUAAGUUAGGGAUAGUAUUACCUAAUUUUUUUUUUAAAUUUUCCUUAGCUCCA